CCAUCACUGGUUUUGGCACAGCAGCUUCCACAGGACACGGAUGGAGAUACCAACCUUGCAGAGGGAGCUGAUGUCCAAAAGGAAACAGGGUGACCUGCCCAUCCCAUCCAAGUUCCCCAUGGGAUGGGUGAAGGAAAGAGCUGGUGCACAUGGACAUUGCCUCACUGGAACAAGUGAGGAUCGUUUGUUGGAUCAAGGCUAGGGCAUCUUAUCUGAGCCCUUAUCCAAGACAGCGGCAGCGGAGCGGGCUGAUGAAACCACACGUGGAAAACAAAGCCUUGCCUGGCAAUCCCUGCAGAUAACAGAGAUGGGUCACUCUGGGAGCUGGUUAAAGCUGCCAGAAACUUCCAUGAGGGUUCAUUCAUCCUCCUGCAGAACCCAAAAGUCCUCCAAGGAGAAAAUUGAAACCACCCCUCACUGAUGGAUUACGCACUGGCGCCUGUCCCGAGCUGUGAUCAGGGAGGAAGAGCAACCAAAUUCGGGAAAGGAUGAGCCGUGCAUGUGGCUGCCGUGUUGGAGUGGUGGUGGAACAGGAGCCCAGCUCCCAGUUCUGAGACAGCUGGGCUACUGUCCCCCAGCUGUCACACCCAGCCAGGCCUCAGUGGCCCCACCAUGAGGCGCUUGAGGGUUUUGGGGAGAGGAAGAGAAAUUCUGGGGCUACGAUGUGUUGGAGGUGGAUGCUGCCACCAUAACUCCUCUGCUGCUGGCCACCAGGUCGGACACUGAUGUCACGGCCAGGGAGAUCCCUCAGGAUGGAGGUGCCAGGUUUGGGUGCGUUGCCCAUGGACACCAAUGGAGAUGAGGCUGUUCCUCAGGGCAUGAACGCCGCUGUCCGCGCUGUCACCCGCAUGGGGAUAUACGUGGGAGCCAAGGUCUUCCUCAUCUAUGAGGGCUACGAGGGGCUGGUGGAGGGGGGUGACAACAUCAAACAAGCCAACUGGCUCAGCGUCUCCAACAUCAUCCAGCUGGGCGGGACGGUGAUCGGCAGUGCCCGCUGCAAGGCCUUCACCACGCGGGCGGGCCGGCUCCGGGCCGCCCGCAACCUGGUGGAGCACGGCAUCACCAACCUGUGCGUGAUCGGCGGCGACGGCAGCCUCACCGGCGCUGACAUCUUCCGCUCCGAGUGGGCUGGGCUGCUGGAGGAGCUGGUCCGAGAUGGGCAGAUCAGCGAGGAGGUGGCGAAGAAGAAUUGCCACCUGAACAUCGUGGGCCUGGUGGGCUCCAUCGACAACGACUUCUGUGGCACCGACAUGACCAUCGGCACCGACUCGGCGCUGCACCGCAUCAUGGAGGUCGUCGACGCCAUCACCACCACGGCACAGAGCCACCAGAGGACAUUCGUGCUGGAGGUGAUGGGUCGCCACUGCGGGUACCUGGCACUGGUGUCCGGCCUGGCCUCGGGCGCUGACUGGCUCUUCAUCCCUGAAUCCCCUCCGGAGGAUGGCUGGGAGGACCUCAUGUGCGAGAGGCUCGGGGAGACACGCAGCCGGGGCUCGCGGCUCAACAUCAUCAUCAUCGCCGAGGGCGCCAUCGACCGCAGCGGCAAACCCAUCACCUCCAACUACGUGAAGGACCUGGUAGUGCAACGCCUGGGCUUCGACACGCGGGUCACCGUCCUCGGCCACGUGCAGCGCGGAGGGACCCCGUCCGCCUUUGACCGUGUGCUGAGCAGCAAGAUGGGGAUGGAGGCGGUGAUGGCGCUGCUGGAGGCCACGCCAGACACCCCGGCCUGCGUGGUCAGCCACUCCGGGAACCAGUCGGUGCGGCUGCCGCUCAUGGAGUGUGUCCAGGUGACAAAGGAUGUGCAGAAGGCCAUGGAUGAGAAGAGGUUUGAUGAGGCUAUCCAGCUCCGUGGAAGGAGCUUUGAGAACAACUGGAACAUCUACAAGCUGCUGGCGCACCAGAAGCCAGCUCAGGAGAAGAGCCCCUUUAGCAUGGCCAUUCUGAACGUGGGAGCGCCGGCCGCCGGCAUGAACGCUGCCGUGCGCUCGGCCGUGCGCAUCGGCAUCUGCCAGGGACACACCAUCUACGUGGUGAACGACGGCUUCGAGGGCCUGGCCAAGGGGCAGGUCCGCGAGGUGGGCUGGCAUGACGUGGCAGGAUGGCUGGGCCGCGGUGGCUCCAUGCUGGGCACCAAGCGGACGCUGCCCAAGACCUGCAUGGAGAAGAUCGUGGAGAACGUGCGCAAAUUCAACAUCCAGGGGCUGCUGGUCAUUGGGGGCUUUGAGGCGUACGAGGGGGUGCUGCAGCUGGUGGAGGCACGCGGGCAGUACGAGGAGCUGUGCAUCGUCAUGUGCGUCAUCCCCGCCACCAUCAGCAACAACGUGCCCGGCACCGACUUCAGCCUGGGCUCCGACACGGCCGUCAACGCUGCCAUGGAGAGCUGCGACCGCAUCAAGCAGUCGGCCUCGGGCACCAAGCGCCGCGUGUUCAUUGUGGAGACCAUGGGGGGCUACUGCGGGUACCUGUCCACGGUCACCGGCAUCGCCGUGGGCGCCGACGCUGCCUACGUCUACGAAGAUCCCUUCACCAUCCACGACUUAAAGGCCAACGUGGAGCACUUGACUGACAAAAUGAAGACAGAUAUCCAGAGAGGGCUGGUGCUGCGCAAUGAGAAGUGCCAUGAGCACUACACCACCGAGUUCCUCUACAACCUUUACUCCUCUGAGGGCAAAGGCAUCUUCGACUGCAGGAUCAAUGUCCUGGGCCACCUCCAGCAGGGGGGAGCCCCAACCCCCUUUGACCGAAACUAUGGGACCAAGCUGGGAGUGAAGGCGGUGCUGUGGAUGUCAGAGAAGCUGCAGCAAGUCUACAGCAAGGGACGUGUGUUUGCCAACUCUGGAGACACUGCCUGUGUGAUCGGGCUGCGGAAGAAGGUGGUGGCCUUCAGCCCUGUGACGGAGCUCAAGAAAGUCACGGAUUUUGAGCACAGGCUGCCCCAGGAGCAGUGGUGGCUGAACCUACGGCUGAUGCUGAAGAUGCUUGCCAACUACCAGAUCAGCCUCACCGAGUACAUCUCGGGGCAGAUGGAGCACGUCACCCGUCGCACCCUCAGCAUCGAGAAGGGCUUCUAGUCCCACCAGCCCGGCCCAUAGCCCCCGCCGUGUCCUCUCUGUGCCCACAUGCUGCUGGGGGAGCACUGUGUCCCCUCUGUUCUCAGUAGCCCUGUAGCUUUGCCAUCGACCCCUUACAGCAGGCAGAGCCUGGUGCUGUGUCCCAGAACGGCACAAUCCUGCCCCGAAUCACUGCUGCGGGUUCUGGUCCCUGUGCGGAUGCAGAAGAGUUGCUUGAGCCCAGCCGCACAGCCCAGACCUUUAAUCUUCCCUUAAUAGUUUAUUAUUAUUUAAUGAUGGGGUAUUUUGAGUCCUUAUUUAGCGGCUUGACCGCCUGAGCCAGCUGCUGCUGCUUGUAGUCGCCUGCCCCACGUGCGGGAGGGGAGUGAGGAGGAUGCAGAGCCAUCCCGGAAUGGGUCCGAGCAGUUCCCAGGGGCUUUGGGUGCCCCUGUGGAGCUCCAUCCCCCGUGGGGGUCUCGAGGGCUGAGCACGGGGGUCCUGGCGAGCCCCUGUCCCCUUGCAUGACGCUUGGCUGCGACCGUCACCGCGUGGCUGUGGGCACCGUGUCUGUCACCUCACUGCUGCUCUGUGAUCCUGCACCGCCCGCGGCGCUGCUCCUCUCCUCUAGAGAUAAAACCUGCUGGAGCCAAA